AUGGCAGCAGGCCUGGCCAAGGCACGGUACGGGGAGGCACUUGUCCAUGAAAUCUCGUCAUGCUAUGGGGAGACCAAUGACUUCCUUGCGGCGUGGCGACAUGGUUUGCGUGAAGAGCUUCACACAAAUAGCUCAGGCUUCCUGCCAUCACGCCAGCCUGCUCUUGCUCAGUCACUUGCAUCAGACUUCCCCAAUCUCAAGGUAGCUGAACAUUAUAUAAGCCCUAUGGCUGAAGAACCAAUAUGUUUCAUUGGGCAUGGUCCUGAUCCCAUCCGGCUGGCUGCCUUUGCAGAGGAACAUUUUCAUUGGGGCAGCACUGAUGCAAUUCUUGUCCGCUUUACAACGACUAUUUUUCAAGCCCUUCCACUUGCUCAUCUUUAUUCUGUUGCUCGUGAAACUGGUCUUGGUCUUGCUCGAAGGCCUUGCAAAUACAUUAGCGAGGUCCUCCAGUGCUGCGUCAUGGGGCAUUCCUCCAAUCCACGCCACCCAGAAGUUCACAUGUCCUGUGUUCUGGACGAUGCACUUGUCGAUGCCAUCAUUAAAGCAGUACAGGGCACUCAGAAUGACAGCGAAACAGAGAGAAAGGUCAAAUACUGGCGAACCUCUUUACUUCCCAGGCUUCGUGCAUGGCUACCAAUUGUAAUGAUUCAACAAACAUAUCCAGUAGUGUUUAAAGGUUCAGUCCAUAGGACCGCAAAAAACCGGUGGACCGAACUGAACUGGACCAUGGACCGGUCUCUUUUUCGGUUGCAGUUGCCCCAAUUUGGGGUUGGUCCAGUUGCCGGUUGCCUCAUUUCGAAAAUCUUUUAA